AUGUUAUUUAGUAAAUUAACGAUAAAUUCCAAUGUAGUAUAUCCAAAUUUAUAAGAAGAAGUGAAAGUAGAUUUGUAUUAAGUUUCGUACAGGUUACGAAAUAUUUUCUAAAGAGAAAUAGUUUUUAACAAAACACUGUUUUUAUUAGAAUCGUUCAAAUUUGCAUUACUGAUUGUCAGUGUGCAUGCAAUCUUUUACAUUAUUUACAUUUCAAUGCGAUAACCGAAUUUAGUUUGUGCAUUUAUUUUAAAGUAACAUAUCGCCGUUGUUUAAAGAAUUAAUCUUAUUAUGAAAAUUAUUCGUUUUACAAAUAACAUUCAUUACAUAGUAAUAAAUCAAAAAUAUUAAGAACUUAUAUAUGUAGUGAUAUACGAGCUGUUAUUAAAAGUAUGCUUUUGCGCAUGCGCCAUAAUCUCGUGUUACUUUUCGUGAAAUAGUGAGAAAGAAAUUGUCAUAUUUUUAUGCUUUAUUAAGGAAACGCAAUUACACAUGAAUGAAUUAUAAUUGAUGAAGAUAACUUUUGUGAACAACGAUAAGAGUUUAAGGAAGAAAAAUGGUGCUUAACGAUUGUCCGGAUCCAGAAAUAAUUGGUUGUGGAUUCAGUGCUUUUAAGGAAAUUGAUGAAGUGACUUCUCUUAUUGCGGAAUUAAAGAAAGCAGAUCUAUCAUCAAGUCUUAUUGAGAAAAAUCGUGAUCGAUUUAAUUUUAUUUUAUCGCAAUAUCAGGAUCAGAGACAAUUAUUAGAUCCAUACUUAGAUGACAUUCUGCAACCAUUGAUUGAAAUUGUUAAAAAUAAAGAUUCAACGGAGAAUAUGCAACAUAAUGCAUUUAAAUAUAUUUUCAUCAUUAUGUCUGUCAAAACAUAUAAAAAGAUCGUUACUUAUCUGCCACACGAGGUAUCAGAUCUUCUUCCUGUUCUACGAAUGCUAGAAAAGCAAGAUCCAAAUGAUGUAGAAACAUGGGAAACUCGAUAUGUACUUUUAAUAUGGCUUUCCAUAAUCUCGAAAAUACCAUUCCCACUGUCACGUCUAGAAACCUCUGAAGUAGAUUUUGAACAAUUGAUAACGGUCAGAAUCUUGAAAAUAUGCAAAUUAUUUUGCUUAUCCAAAGAUGCUUGUGCAGUAGCUGCUGUUUUUUUAAUUGCUAAUUUUUUAACCAGAUCUGAUGUUAAAAAAUUAUAUUUAAAAGAGAUGAUUAUGUGGAGCUUAGAAUGCGUGGAAAAUGAUCCUUUCAGACAUGGUCCUUUAGCUGUUAUAGCUUCUAUAUUGAAACACAGUGCAAGAGAAGACGUUAAGCCAUUCACUCAAAUAGUUUUAGACAAAGUUUUACAAUUUCGCCUGAAUGAUAAUCCUGCAGAUCUUAUUAGAAAAUUUGGUAUAAAAAUUGUACAAAGAAUUGGAUUAGUAUUAUUAGGAACAAAACUUGCAUCGUGGAGAUAUCAUAGAACUAGUCGAUCUAUAUGUCUACAACUUAACGCUAAAACUAUUAAUUCCAUGGAAAACUUAGAAGAGACUAAAGAAGUUUCAAUUAAUCAUGAUGAUCAGGAUAUUCCAUCGGCAAUAGAAGAUAUUAUAGAACAUUUAAUACAAGGUCUUAGAGAUAAAGCAAUUACAAUAAGGUGGUCUGCUGCAAAAGGAAUUGGUAGAAUUACAGCAAGACUACCAAUGGAUUUAGCAGACGAUGUUGUAGGAUUUGUAUUGAACUUGUUUUGUGGUCGAGAAUCAGAUUCUGCUUGGCAUGGUGGCUGCCUAGCAUUAGCAGAAUUGGGAAGACGUGGACUUCUGUUGCCUCAUCGUUUAAGUGAUGUAAUACCAGUAGUUCUACAAGCUCUAGUAUUUGAUGAGCCAAGAGCAUAUGGAUCAAUUGGAUAUUUAAUUAGAGAUGCUGCAUGUUAUAUUUGUUGGUCAUUUCCUAGAGCAUAUGACCCUGAUAUUUUUCAGCCAUAUGUAAAAGAAAUUGCAGCUACAUUGCUUGUCGUUACUUGUUUUGAUAGAGAAAUUAAUUGUAGAAGAGCAGCAUCUGCAGCAUUUCAGGAAAAUGUUGGAAGGCAAGGAAAUUUUCCACAUGGAAUAGAAAUACUCACUACUGCCGAUUAUUUUGAAGUUGGUGUUAGAAAUCAUGCAUAUUUAAAAAUUAGUACACAAAUUGCUCGAUAUGAGGAAUAUACCAAACCACUUAUCGACCAUUUGGUUGCAAGGAAAAUUACGCAUUGGGAUACAGCGAUUAGAGAGCUUUCUGCCAAAGCACUUUUCAAUCUAACAUCUGCUGCUCCAAGUUAUAUUAAGGAUACAAUUAUACCAAGUUUAUUAGAUAUGUUAAACUCUAUUGAUUUAAACAUAAGACAUGGUGCAGUAUUAGCAAUUGCAGAGAUUUUGGAAGCAUUGCAUAAUUGUUAUAAUGAAAAAGUUGAAAAUAUUAUUGAAGCAACUGCUAUGGAAAAUAUAGGGAACAUAGUAAGUACAUUUCGUAAAAGAGGACAGUUCAAAGGUCUAGGAGGUGAAUUGAUGAAACAAGCUUGUGCAGUGCUCAUAAAAAAGUGUUCAAUUGUACAUUUUCCAAUCUCCAUGACAAUAAUUUAUGAUUGGCAGAAUCUUUUAGAGGAAUGUUUAGGCCAUGAAGUGUCCGUGGUAAGAACAAAGGCAGCUGAAGCACAUACAGAAUUUUUUUUUAAAUACUAUGCUACUAUACAAAAAGAAGAACGGGAUGCAGUUAUUAAUCGGUAUCUUGAUAACCUACAAUCGAGCAAUCAGCUUGUUCGAAUAGGCUUUGCGCAAGCUAUAGGAUAUUUUCCUUUAUUUAUAAUUUGUGAGAGAGUAAAAGAUGUGAUACCUGCUUUAAUUAAGUGUACAGAAAUAUCAGAGCUCACAUUGAAAUGGGCAGAAAGUAGAAAAGAAGCUAUUCAUGCAUUAAUAAUGGUGUGUCAGACCUUAGGAAUAAAAGAAGCAGAUAAGUGGGAAAUAUUUGUGCAUGAUUUGUAUAAUUGUUAUUUAUUGGCACUGAAAGAAUACACAAUAGACAGUCGUGGUGAUAUAGGAGCAUGGGUACGAGAAGCAGCAAUGAUGGGUUUACAUAUGUUAACGAAUUUAGUAUUUCAAGCAAAAUUAUUAUCUGUACUGAAUGAAGAAUUAAUGGCAAAAGUAAUUGGAGGUGUAGCACAGCAAGCUGUAGAAAGGAUUGAUGGAAUUCGAGCACAGGCGGGAACUGUCUUUAGUGCUCUUAUUCAUAGUGACCCCCCUUUACCGAACAUUCCAUAUCAUACAGAAUUAAAAAGCAUCUUUCCAUAUGAUGAAUGUAAAGACAGCAUAGAAUGGCGAAUGGAAUCUGUAACUUUUCCAAGAUUCAUUAAAAUGUUAUCUUAUCCUCCUUAUACAAUGAAUCUCCUACAAGGAAUUAUAUUUAGCGUUGGAGGCUUGAGUGAAUCUUUGGUGAAGCAUUCUAGUGUUUCUUUAUUUUCUUAUUUACAAGAAAUAGACGAAGUAGGCCUUAAAAAUUUAUGUUAUAAGAUAUUAACUAUCUUUGAAGAAAGUCACAAAAACGAAAGAAUGAUUACAUCAAUUUUGGCUUUUCUGGAUCGUUUACUUAGUUCUGGUUGUAUUCAAAUUGUCCUUGAUGACGUUGAAAAUGGCAUUUCAGAACGAAUCUUAAUGUUACUAAAACAGGAAGUAAAAAAUUGUAAUAACACUAAGUUAUUAAUUAGUAGCAUAAAUGUAUUUUGCCAGCUCUUGCAGGUGCGUGGACCAGUUGUGAAAAGAGCAUUUUGUCAAUUAAGUAUUUUCCUUUGUCAUAAAUACAAAUGCAUACGAAAAGUGGCAGCAACGAGAACGUAUGAAGCUUUAACUUUGUAUGGAGAGGAAAUGGAUCUUACUGAACAAAAUUUGAUGCAAAUCUUGACUGAGUUAAAUGUUACUGACUGGGAAAAAUCAGUAUCUGAACUUCGACCUAUAAGGAAUCAUCUUUGUGAAUUAAUGGAAGUACCUACUCCCAUUUUGCAAAACAAGAUUGCUAAUUAAAUAUUGUUUUGUAUUCUGUUUCACUUUAAGAGCAUAGGUACAGAUCCAACUAUAAGAGGCCUCCAUAACUUUUCCGUGAUAUAAUCUUGACAGACUGCAUUCUCAAAAGCUAUUGUAAAUUUAUAAUUGGCAUUGAAAGAGAGAAAAUCCUCACUGUUUAAUAUUUCGAGGUAAUUUUCUCUCAGCCUAUAUUAUAAUUACAUUAUUUAGAAAAUUAAUGUAAUGAAUAAAAUCAAUUUUUCUAAAUGUAUAGAUAUAAUUCACCUUCUAUCAAACUGAGCAUUAUUCAAACAUGUGCCAUAUGAGUCGACACGUAUGUACUUCAUCAACUCUGCUACAUAAAUAUCUCUAUUACUUGCAGUAUCACAGUCAGAUUGUAUAUAAAGCAAAGGUGCAAGAUCCUUUGUAUUCAUUAAUCUUGUCUUUUGUUUAGUUGGUAUAAAAUAUUUUUUAUCUGAAAAAGAGUAAAUCAAAAUAUUAAUUUACAGAAAUAAAUUGAGAAAUAUUGUAAAAAUAAAAAUGUUUCAUCCUACAAACACUGUUCACUAAUUUAUAAUUUUAAUAACAUCACUGCAUGUAAUAGCCAUGAAAAAAAUACAUAAAAGAAAAGAAAAGAGCAUUGUUAGUAAUUUUAAAUUUGAAAAUCUGUUAUACUUGCCUAAUAAUUCUGUAAUUCCAGGUAGAUUGACCAAAGUAAGAGGCACAUCGCUAAAUCUACUGAACGUUGAAGAAUAUCUAAAAAGAUUUAGGGUUUCCUCCUGCACGAGAAUAGGAUUAUUUCUUGGAGAUUCUUCAUGAAUUAAACCCCACGAAGCUUUCCAUUCUGGUAAAUCAUUGAUUUUAAAAUUGCUACCAUAAAAAAGGAAACUCUGAAAAUGAAAAUAGAAAUAUUUCUCAAUUAUAUAAUAUUACUGAUUUGUAAUUAUAUUUAAAAUUACAAAUUGGUUUUUAUAUGAAAAUUGCCAACAGAUAAUAUAAAUUAUUUAAUAUGAAACAAAUUUUGAUUAUUACACUUAUUUUUGGAUGAUAUUGAAAAGUUCGAUUUUUUGUAAAGUAACAUGUAUAAUUUUUACAUGUACGAAGUUUCCCAUCAUUUCCAAAAGGAGUCCACCAUAAAAUUAUAGGUACAUCUUCUGUUAAACAAAAUAUUGAUAAAAUAAUUAAUAUUUUUUUUACUUUAUGCAUUUAUUUUAUCUGAAUAUUUACUACGAUAUAAAAAAUUUAUUGCUAUUUAUAUACCUGCAAUGUGUAGUUCAUGACUGAAUUGAUUUACUUGUAUCUGUAAAUUAUUUUGAUUAUUUUUAUUCAUCGAAAAUGACCUAACUGUUUAAUUUUAUAUAAAUGCAUUUAUAUAUAUAUAUACAUAUAUAGUGAUCAUAACAAGUUCAGA